ACGAGAAGUACUCAUUCUAAGUGAAUUAAUUACAAAUCAAUUACAACUGACUUCAUUUAUUGUAUAUCAAGCGUAAUAAUAUACAUUUCCCAUACUCAUAAACGCAUAAACUGCACACAAAAACAUUAGAAUACAACUAAAGCAAAGGUGUUCAAUGAUCAAUGGGUUCAAUGAAUGACGGGAAUGAUUUAGGCGAAGAAGGUUCAAAAAGAAAAUUAAAAAGAGGUCAUUCAGGUGUCAACCAGUUGGGUGGAAUGUUUGUCAAUGGUCGGCCUUUACCAGAUACAACACGUCAACGAAUAAUUGAAUUAGCUCAUUCAGGUGCACGUCCAUGUGAUAUUUCACGUAUUCUACAAGUAUCUAACGGUUGUGUAUCAAAGAUACUAUGUCGAUAUUAUGAGACUGGAUCGAUUAGACCAAAAGCAAUCGGUGGUAGUAAGCCACGUGUAGCAACAAGUGCUGUUGUAACAAAAAUUGAUAUUUAUAAACGUGAAUGUCCAUCAAUAUUUGCUUGGGAAAUACGCGAUCGAUUAUUACAAGAGGGUGUUUGUACACCGGAUAAUAUACCUAGUGUUUCUUCUAUCAAUCGAGUGCUGCGUAAUUUAUCCAAUGAAUCCCAGAGACAACUGUCAUCCGCCGCGGCAGCCGCAGCUGUCGCCGCAGCGGCUGUAGCUGCUCAAGCAGCUGCCCAUCGAAAUUGUGUAAAUAAUUCGAAUACAGGAAUUAGCCUGUCCAAUUCAAAUCAUUGUCUUGCAACACAGAAUUAUUUAUCUAAUAUGAAGUGUGAUUUACACGGUCUCACAAAAUCAUUUAUGCCAUCUGUGUUCAAUUUCCCGCCAUACAAUAAUCCAAGUAACAAUAAUAAUAACAGUAAUAAUAACAACACUAAUAGUAAUAAUAAUAAUAAUGGUAACAAUAAUCUAUUUUCAAUGCCACCUACAAUUCCACCAUUUUAUCCUCAACAAAAUUCAAACUUGAACAGACACCCCUCUAGUUGUUUUAAUGAACAAAAUGUAAUUGAAUCAUGUUCAAAUGUACCACAGAAAUCACAUACACAUUCAAAUAACCCACUUUAUCAUACUCACAGUCAAACGAAUCAUUCACCGAUAAUAUCAAGUUAUUUUCAAACAGGGACUAGUAGUAACAAACCUAUUUCAUCGAAUAUAAAUCCUAAUACUAGUAAUAAUUCACAAGAAACACGUUCAGCCUAUGAUAAGUUUAAUAAUUUAUUUAUAUCUGCUGCCUCGAGUACUACACAGAAUUCAUGGGCACAAGCAUGGUAUUCAGCUGCUGCCGCGGCAUCAGCCAAUAGCGUUUAUUCUAGUUUAUACUCAUCGUCAAACAGUACAAGUCAUAAAAACGAAUGCCUACAAGACAGACAAUUCUCUCCACCGCUGAACUAUUUAAAUCAGUGCAGAUUUUCAGGGAUUUAUCAGAAUCUUGAAAAUGCUGUCAUCAAUUCAGUUAGUGAUAAUAACAAUGCCACUAAUCAUAAUUUUGAUAUCAGGUGUUCAGAAGGUAUGGAGACAAUGCGUAGAGGAUUAGAAGAGCAGGGUAGAAAUCGACCUUCACCUCACUGUUCAGAAUCACAACAACCACAACCACACCAUGAAAAGUUGCCUAUUUUACCCCAACAAUCACCACACAAUCCAAUAUCAACAUAUAAUAGUAAUAAUACUGGUAAUAACACUAAUAAUUCGCCUAUUCACCAAUCUAUUUUAUCCUGUCAGUAUGAUACAAAGAUGGACUCCAACUGGUCAUCAUUAGGGCGUCAAAAUCCCCACCCACAUCACCACGUGCACCAGUUACAGCAGUCUGAAAAUAAUCAAAGGCUCCAUGACAGUCUGUUGAAAUUUGAGACAGAAGAAUUUAAACAAUUAGUAUCUUCUAUAGAUGAGAAAGAUAAGCUGGAUAGACAAAGGAGGAAAUUCCCAAUUAAUCCAUUGUUUACUUAUGAAAAUUUAAGUAGUAUGCGAGAACAUGCUGAAAAUUUUAUUCAGCUACGUAAUGAUAGUGACACAGUUCACACAAAUUUACAUCAUUAUUUAAUUAAUAGAGAUAUGCACAGGAUGGAUACACACGGAUUUACACAUAUACAAGAAGAAGAUCAGAGAAUGCACGAAUUAGGCGUAGGUGGCUAUGAUGACGAAGAAGAGGACGGAGAUGAUGAGGAUGACUGCGGCGAGGAUGAAACCAAUUGUAAUACAACAACAGUCAAUCCAUUGAUGAAUCUUCCGUGUAAUAAUGAAAGUCGAAUAAAUCAGUCAGUUUCAUCCGCAUCUAUAAAAAAUGUAAACGUAAACUUAAAAAGAAAUUUAUGCCCAAAUGAAACAGUAAAUACAAAAGAAGACAAAGGAAGUAGUGGCACAAGCUUUUUGUUUAAAAAUUCCAUGAAUGAAAAUCGUACUUCGUAUGGAGAGAGUCAUAUAGAGAGCAAUCAUUUACUUGAAACAAGAGAAACACCUUCAAUAUUUUUUACAAGAGAAUUCAAUGAUAAUUUAAAUAGACGAAUGAAUCAAAAGGAACUAGAACGACAACAUGAACAAGAUGAAGAACACACAGGAGGAGGACGAGGAGAAGAAGAUGAAGACGAAGACGAAAGACAACAAAGGCAGAAUUAUUUGGCUAAACUGAGUCAGAUAAGUCAACUUUCAGAUAGGAAUAACAAUAGUAAUAAACCGCCAACAAUACCACAAUCAACAUCAACAACAUCGACAGUACUAGAGAAUGUGAAUAUGUUUACACAGUUCAGUAAUAACAACAAUACAAGUAAUAAUAUGAAUAGUAAUAAUCAUAGCAAUGACAGUAAUCAUAGUGAUAGUGAAAUAGUUCAUGCUUAUAAUAAUACUAACACUAAUAGUUCAAUGUUAGCUCAGUUAAGUACACACUUAUAUGAAGAGUUAAAUGAACCACCGGAGACAUUUAUUGAAUCACUUCAGUCAAAUUGUGUACAACAGCUGAGAGAAACAAUUAAAAAGAGAACACUGGCUGAUUUAGAUGAGAGCAUGUCUGGGUUGACAAAUAAAAUACUGAAUACCACUACUACUACUAAUAAUAACAGUAAUAUUACUAAUAGUGCUAUUAAUAUACAGUCGUUAUCGUCAAUUAGUCCUAAAUCAGAAAUAACUGAAAGACCGAAUUCUGUAAUGAGUGAAACUACUUCAUCACAGAUUGAUUCAACUGAUGAAAGACAACAGGGUAACAAUAAACAGAAACACCACCAACAACAACAUCCUCAUCCUCAUCAACAGCAUCAACAACAACGUAGUCGAACUUCAUUUUCUAAUCUUCAACUGGAAGAACUUGAAAAAGAAUUUGAACAUACUCAUUAUCCUGAUGUAUUUUCACGUGAAAAAUUAUCAAGUCGUAUACUCCUACCAGAACCACGUAUACAAGUAUGGUUUUCCAACCGGCGUGCAAAAUGGAGACGUGAAGAAAAAAUGCGUAUUAAACAGCUGACCUACAGAAAUCAACAGAGAUCACUUCAUCAAAAUAACAAUAAUAAUAAUAAUAACAGAAGUAAUAAUAAUAGUUGUAACAGUGAUAAUAGUAGUAGUAUAACACUGGCAUCGACUAUCUCACCGACAACAAGAAUACAAUUAAACCCGACAUGUACUCAACCUACUGACAAUGACAUGAAAAUUAGUCAAAUGAAUAUAAAAGAUAAUAACAGUAACAGCAGCAUUGGAACAAUAGAAAUGAACAGAUCAAACUGUUUAACGUAUCCUAUAGGUCAUCCAAAGAAUGUCAACACUAAUGAACUACACUCAACCACAUGUAAUAAUAAUAAUAACAAUGAUAUAAUGAACAGGAAUACUGACUUAUUAAGACCAUUAGAUGAGCAGAGAAUUCAUUCGACAAAAAUCAGUCUGAAAGAAAAUAAAUCCAAUGAAGUUAUCUCAAUGGCUACAAGAUAUUCUAGAGAUGAUCUGAUGAUGAAUAAAGACUUCGGAGAGGAGGAUAACAGUCAUAGCCAACAACUCCAUCCACAUCAUCAACAACAUCAUCAUCACCAUGACAACCAAAAUCAUUUGUAUCACAAUCAUCAGAAUUUAAAUGAGAAACACUGGUCUUCAUUACAUCGUUUACAGCAACAACAACAACAGCACCAACACCAACAUCAACACCAGCAUCAGCAACAUCCGCCACCACAGCAACACUUACAGUUGUAAACACAUUAGUUUAAACAAACAAACAAACAAAAAAUAAUAAUUGAACAAUGAAUAUACAUACAUAUUUAAUUCAAUAUAUAUAAACAUGUGCGAGAAUUUCAUUUUCAAAAUCAAAGUUUAACAAGAAAAUAAUUGAGUACAUAAUGAAAUUAUUAUGUGAGAAAGUUUUUAAAUAAUGAUUAAUACAAUCUAUCUGCCAGUUCAAUGUUCA